AAAAGUCUCGGCCUUUAGGUAGGAUUCUCUUCUUCCUCUUCCUCCUGAUUUUGGAUCAGAUAAGGUCCUUCUCUCUACUCCGCCUUUCUCUCUAUAUAUGGCCGAGGUUUCUAGAAUCUUCCGUUUUCAUUCGACGCUUGUUCCCACUUUCUCUCCACUCCACAAACCAAGCCACUCCAAGACUUACUUGGGAACAUGGCGGAAGAGGAAUUCUAUUCACUGCUCAGUUUCGACAAGUGAAGGUGAAAAGAUGACGACCCAGAAGAUUCCUUGGGGCUGCGAUAUUGAUUCCUUGGAGAACGCGGAGGCCUUGCAGAAGUGGCUGUCAGAGUCAGGGCUGCCGCCGCAGAAGAUGGCCAUUGAGAGAGUGGAAGUGGGGGAAAGAGGACUGGUUGCUUUGAAGAAUAUCAGGAAGGAUGAGAAGCUGCUCUUUGUGCCUCCUUCUCUUGUCAUCACGGCUGAAUCUGAAUGGACAAAUGCAGAGGCUGGUGAGGUUCUAAAACACUACUCUGUACCAGAUUGGCCAUUGCUUGCAACAUACCUGAUUAGUGAAGCAAGUCUCCAGAAAGCUUCUAGAUGGAGCAAUUAUAUAUUGGCUCUACCACAACAGCCAUAUUCACUUUUGUACUGGUAACAUUUUACUCUUUGUUACUUG